GUGACAAUUAUCAAAGCAAAAUUUAAAGGGAAAAGUUUUAGUUCCAACUACAAUGGAAGAAGUUAAGCCGAGAGAAAGAUGAAGUUUGGCACUAAUAAUCAAUGCAACCUCAGUCAUUUCAAGAGCAACCCGAACCACAUCGGCUUCUUCAAGUUCUUGUACGCAGCCGCAACUUCACUGAAGAAGGGCAUCGCCGAUUUCUGCUAUUUGGGGUGAUCGUCUAUGUCAUCCCUGGUGAAUCACUGCUCGCCGACCGUGUAAUGGCGAUGAUGACGGGAAACCGAGGAUGAUGAAGUCGAUUAGGAAAGCAGAAUUUGAGACUGGCGUAUGCAGUAGACGUUGCAGGCUUUUGUUUCUGUGAAGGGAAAGAUUUUCUGGAGCUUUGGGGAAAAAACCGGCGGCGUAGCCCAGGACGUUUUCGAUCG